AUGGCGCAACCGAUGCAUAAUCCGGCAAAUUCUCAAAGCGGUGAUAAUGAUGAAAAAAGGGGAAAUGGGGAGAAAGUCUACCUCCGACGUCAACUAACCGUCAUCGACGGCAUCGCCUUGACGGUCGGGAUCAUCAUCGGUUCGGGAAUCUUUAUAUCACCGGCGGGAAUCCUUCGCUAUACCGGCUCCAUCGGAUGGUCUCUCAUUAUGUGGGUAUUCUGCGGGUUGCUCUCGACGCUUGGCGCCUUGAGCUAUGCGGAGCUGGCCACCUCGUUUCCCGUCUCCGGAGGGGACUACUCCUACCUGCUGAUGUCCUUUGGUCCCAUUCCUGCGUUUCUGAGGAUGUAUACGCAGAUCGUGGCCUCAUUCAGUGGCAGCAACACUGUGUUAGCAUUAGCUGCAUCUUAUUACAUUGUCCUGCCUUUCUUUCCAGAUUGUGAAGUAUCCUACAAGAUCACAACCCUCAUGGCUGCCAGCCUCUUAUGUAAGUAG